CCCGAGAAGAUGGCAGCAACGGCGGAUGUGCCUCUUCUGAUCAAUUCGGAGAACGCCCGUUCAGAACGACGUAUCUCACCUGCUUGGACCAUAGCUCAGCUGAAAUCACGCUUGGAACCCAUAACAGGCAUUCCGGCUUCCUCACAAAGAUUGACCUUGAAGGUCGCAUCCUGGCCCGAUCAGAACUUGCAGACGGUUGAUGAAGAGAACACACAACUUGGUGCAUUCAAUCUGCAAAGCUACGCAGAACUCCAUAUAGUAGAUACUCGACCAGCAGGAUUACGUGCCAACUACACAGAUGUAUCGGCAGUUGAAAAAUACGAGAUGCCAGCAGACGAGUACGAGAGCCGGACUGACAGCGUACUGCACUGGAAGAAGACACAUCAGCUGGGCCGGUUUGAUCCUAAUGCUCCAAGCAUAGAGCAACAAAAGGUCGCCGGUAUCGAAAGAGAAAUUGAAGAGAGAGGGAUCAAAUUGGACGUUCGCUGUCGUCUACUGGCUGCGAAUCAAAGUGAGAGCUCACUCGAACGUCGCGGCACUGUAAAGUACAUUGGACCUGUCCCUGAAAUUCCUGGAAUUGGUGCUUGGGUUGGCAUCGCACUGGAUGAACCUACUGGAAAGAACGAUGGCAUGGUCAAGGGCACCCGCUACUUCCAAUGUGGAGCCAACUGCGGUGUCAUAGUACGACCAGAGAGGGUUGAGGUUGGCGACUUUGAUGUCAUCGAUGAAUUUGGCAGCGACGAAGAGUUCUAA